UAUACACUCUCUAACUGCUAGUGGCACACAAGACGUUACUACACAAAUCAUAAGUCGAGUGCAAUCAGGCCGAUUGACCUAACUAGUCACUAGCAUAUCUAAACAGCAUGGCGUCCGAGGACCCGGCAUCCGAGAAUGGUUCCAUUGACUCGGAUCUCGAGUGGGAGUUGGACGAGGGAAUCCCACAGGUUGAGGAUCCUUUCAUCCAACGAUACAUCUCUGGCCGGGAAGCUCUGAUUGCGCAGGAAAAAAAGCAACGUCAUGACUACAUUUUCAAGCGCACAAUGUCGCCCAUGGCAAAGGAGGCUGCCAAAAUUAUGGCUUCAAUCCGUCGACGAGAGCUGAAGGAAGUCUGGACAUCAGAGUUCGAAGAGAGCCUGAUGGACAAAAAUGGGGGCAAUUUGUAUCCUGGUAUGAUGUUCACGCUGGCUCGGGACCGCAUAGAACGGACUGAUCUAUGGAAGAUCCUUGAGAAGAUGCCCAAAGGCGCUCUGCUCCAUGCUCAUCUGGACGCCAUGGUCGACAUUGACUGGCUAAUUGACCAGGCUUUGGCUGAGAAGGGACUCUGUAUCCUGGCACCAGAAGGUCUCAGUGACUCUAAGAAGAGGGAUUUCGGUGCAAUGCAAUUCAGAUUCUAUCCUGAAGAGGAGAUUAAGAAGCAUCAAGGUUCCGGCAGUAUCUGGACCACAAACUACCAAGCCAACACACCUAUCCCUAUCAGGGAGGCGCAGAGAACGUUUCCGGAUGACACCACGUUCAAGAAAUGGUUGACCAGCCGAUGCACUAUCACCGCAGAAGAAUCGUUAUGCCAUCAUCAUGGCCUGGACGCGAUCUGGCGCAAAUUCCAGAGCACAUUCUUGGUAAUCGGGCAGAUGUUAUUUUACGAACCUAUCUUCCGACGAGCUAUGCAACGACUUUUUGGACAAUUAGCAGAUGACGGCGUCAACUAUGUCGAUCUAAGGGCGGCUUUCAAGUUUGAGUUUAGACAGGAGGGUCAGACCAACGGGCCGAUUGAGCGCUUCGACGAAUUCUUUGUGGUCCUGGGAGAAGAGAUUGAGAAAUUCAAGCAGACUGAGGCAGGCAAGAACUUCAAGGGUGCCCGAAUGAUCUGGACCGUCAUCCGAAGGCUGGACAAUCGCUCGGUUGCCAACGCGAUGACGGAGUGUAUACGCAUGAAAAAGAAAUAUCCGCAUCUGGUCUGUGGUUUUGACUUCGUAUCGCAGGAAGAUACAGGCAGGACUCUCAAAGACCUCACGCCGAUGAUCUUCUGGUUCAGGAAAAAAUGUGCCGAAGCUGGUGUGGAUUUACCAUUCUUCUUCCAUGCGGGAGAGUGCUUGGGCGAUGGUGAUAGCACAGACAACAACCUCUUCGAUGCAAUUCUGCUGGGUACACGGCGCAUCGGACAUGGAUAUUCCUUGUACAAACACCCUCUACUCAUCGACAUGGUGAAAGAGAAGAAGAUCUUGGUCGAAAGCUGUCCGAUAUCAAACGAAAUCCUACGAUUAUCAAGCUCCAUCCUAUCGCAUUCCCUACCAGCGUUACUCUCAAGGGGCGUAUCUGUCUCCUUGAACAACGACGAUCCGGCGAUUCUGGGUCACGGCAAGAACGGGUUGAGCCACGACUUUUGGCAAGCAUAUAUGGCCUUUGAGAAUCUCGGGCUCGAAGGUCUUGGCACGAUGGCAGAGAAUUCAUUGAAAUGGUGUGCUAUUGAAGAUCAGAAGUCCGCGGAAUGGACAAAGAGCAUCACUGAUGGAUACAUGGGCAAAGGCACCAAGUCGAAAUUGCUGCGGGAGUGGAGAUCCGAGUUCGAGAAGUGGUGUCAAUUUAUCGUUAUGGAGUAUCCCCUGGAAGCUGAUGAUGAGGAGGAUGAAGAGGACGAAGAUGAGGAAGAUGACGACGAGGACGAGGACGAUGAUGAAGAGGAUGAUGAGUGAAUGUCCGUUGCUGUCUUGAAGGAAAGUCGGAUAGAGUAGAUGAUGCUGUAGUUCAACCCUAUUCAGCAUCUGCGAGCACGUUAGAAUUGGGAGAAAUGAUAAGUUGUUAGUGGGGUGA